AUGGUGAUACUAGACGAAGAGAAGGAAUCUAUCGAGAUACUGGAGCAAGACAUGCAGUCGUGGAUGAAUUUAAGCUUCAAAGAGAUCAUGUCCCAGUGGAUGACUCUCCUGAAGCGGAAGCACAAGGAGGCGAUGAAAACAAAGAAGAACAAUUGUGACAAAAAUCCAGGAAGUGAGACCCGUGAAGUAGAUUACAAUAAUGAUCGCUUCGUAUACGAGUUAACAAUUGGGGAUUGGGAAAUUUCUUCACCAAUUCUUUUGCAAAGAUCGAUGGCCGAAUAUGCUUUUUGGUUACAGCACGAACACACCCGGAGCAGGACAAGAUUGAGCGGUAUUACACAAGAGGGCUGGUACGAAAGGCGAAUGUCCUGGUUUCGUGAGCUGAUGGAUGUUAUGCAAGUGCGGGCCAGUGAAAUUGUCAACGAGAUGUACCGAAUUGACAUCAUAGAGACAAGGUCGGAGAAAGUUGACCAGAAGGUAAUUAUUGAACACUUCCUGGCCUCUAUGAAGUCCACCGCUUCCGGAAGUGAUGAUAAGACUGCCUAG